UACUGAUGAGGUUGGGUUGGGAAGACGGAUCAGACUGGAUUAGUGGUGCUGCGCUGCUCUCUGUCUUUUUCUGACAUCUCCUACAAACUGUGGAUAAAAGCCUCGGUGGAAAGCCACCAUGCGUGCUGCCCUGUGUACCUGUGUCUUCCUCCUCUGCCUCCUCUUCCUCGCCGAGGCCAAGCGGCAGCCCGGUCAGGACAAACGAGAAAAACCUCGCACGCCUCCGCCGUCGCCCCCGCCUGCCCGGAGGACCAGAAACCGUUCGGUGCUCAGCUCCGGAGAGCUGACCACCAAGCUGGGCCAUAGCUGCACCUGGCAAACCUCUGGUGAAGGUCUGGUGAGCCUUCUGGUGAACUGCUCCAUAGAAACCGAAGGAGACCAAGAGAGAUACUGGUGUCGUUAUGCUGGUAAGCCUGACCUGUGCCAGGCCUACGGGGUAAAGUCCAGCCAGUACUGGAAGCAGCUGGUGGGAAAGCUGAAGAAACGGGAGAACGCCUGCGAAGGAGAAAAGGUGCUGAAGGCCAAAACCUGCAAGAAGGCGCCCGGCGAGGCCCACAUGAAGCUGGCUCAGCGCAGCGGGGAGGAGGAAAAGAUGGGAGGGAAAGAGGGAGGAAAGAAAAAAGGAGAAGCUGGAGGAAAGAGCUCAAACGGAGGGAAGGUAGAGAAGAGAAAGAAGAAGGUGAAGGAGGAAGAGGAGGAGAAGAAGAAGAGGGAGGAGAGGACUGAAUUUGAUGACGAAGGCAUGAUAAACGACAUGGAACCCGUGCAGACGUACUGCAGCGAGGGAUGGCACUCUGUUUGCUCCUUCUUCGUCAAAUUUUUUGAGGGCUGAUAGAAAAUAGAGAAAGAUUGUUUUGAUCGAUGAUAGUUGGAAAUAAAUCUGAAAAAUAAGUUUUUUAAACCUGUGGGCAGUUCUGGGCAGCUCAUUUAUAAGGAUUCAUGUAAAACUUCUCAACUGCUCUCUGAAGGCUACAGGAAGACCGAUUUAAUUUACAUUUGGUCCAGAAUAUUUGGUAAUUAUAUGUAUAUUUGGAAGAUUAACAUUUAGAUCUAUUAGGCCAGUUUAACCUAAAACUGUACAGAAAAGUGAUUUAGUUUGAAUUAACACGUUAGCUCCAGUCAGUUCUGUAACCUUACUGUGAUCAAAUCCAACUGUUUUGUCAAUUAAUCAGAAUUUGUGUUAAGACGUGAUUUUAUUGUUCUUAGAUUUUGAUUUUUAGAGAACUUGUGGGAUAUUGGACCUUUUUUAACCAAAUUUUGGAUUUUCAUAGAAUGCAUUAAAUACUCAGUGUCAUUAACUCUAGUUAUCUUUAUAGUCACUAAAUCAAUUCUUUCUGUGUUGUUAUUACUUUUUACCCUCAGAUUAAAAUGAUCCUUGAGGAUUCUAAAAAAAAA